CCCGAACGACGAUCUCUGCUUGUCCUCGACGUUCAGACACGUCUGCCCACCCACACAGGAGACCUCUCGCUCAUCUCUACUGCUAGUAACAGAGUCCCGCAAAACAUCUGCGCAACAGCGGGGGCAGGAAUGGGCGGCGGACGAGGGAUGACGCAAGGGUAUGUCACUGAGGACGGUGGAGCACCCAGCCGCUUGUGAUGCUCCUGCGCUCGAAAUACGAUUCCUGCGCGGUGCGUGUAUCCAGACUGCUACAGAGGGCUCUUGCUCCAUGCCGUCCCUGCCGCCCACUCUCCUGACGCUAUGCGUAUGCCGCCAUGUCGCCGCCUAGCGUCAGCCUCCUCAGUCGGACAUAUAAUCCUACUCCCCGCGCCCCCCACAGCGACUUCCUUCCGCUUGUGCUUCCUGCCAAGUCCGCCGCGACAUGCCUCUCAUCCACCGCAAGAAGGCCAAGCCUCAGGACGAGGAGUCUGCCACCAACGGUACUGCUAACGGCACUCCCACCAAUGACAAGGACGAACACCGUUACGACGAGGGCGACGAGUACGACAUCCUGCUACGAUAUGCCCAAGACGAGGCCGCAAAGCUCGAACGCGGCGAGGAUGACGAAGACGAGGAGGAUGAAGGCGAGGAACGACGACUCUGGUACAUGCCCUGGAAGAAGGUCCGCACAGGCAGCCACAAGGAGAAGAAAGUCCCUGCGGACUGGCUGCGCACCGACAUGCAGCAGGGUCUCCCGAGCUCAGAGAUCGAGAAGCGCAGAAAGAGCUUUGGCUGGAACGAGCUGCAGAGCCAGGAGGAGAACCAAUUCCUCAAGUUCAUUUCCUACUUUCGCGGGCCCAUCCUGUACGUCAUGGAACUCGCCGUCAUUCUAUCGGCUGGUCUGCGCGACUGGAUCGAUUUCGGUGUCAUCAUUGGUAUCCUAUUCCUAAACGCCGGAGUGGGUUGGUACCAGGAGAAACAGGCUGGUGAUAUCGUGGCACAACUCAAAGCUGGUAUGGCACUCAGGGCAUUGGUUGUACGUGAUGGGCGCGAGCAGGAAAUCGAAGCUCGAGAUAUUGUUCCUGGAGAUAUUAUCGUCCUGGAAGAAGGCAGGACUAUCCCCGCAGACGCGACGAUCCUCGCCGAUUACAGCGACAAGUCGGGAGCGAAAUCAAAGCCGAUUAUGGAGAAGCGCGGCCGCUCCAACAGCGCGUCGUCUGGUUCAUCCAGCCAAUCGCACAAGGGCCCGUCCGUGCUCUCCGUCGACCAGUCCGCGAUCACGGGCGAGUCGCUCGCAGUGGAAAAAUACCUCGGCGACGUCGCGUACUACACGUGCGGCGUGAAGCGCGGCAAGGUGUACGGCAUGGCGGCGUGCACCGCGCAGCAGAGCUUCGUAGGCAGGACGGCGAACCUGGUCAUGUCGAGCAACGAGCGCGGCCAUUUCCAGAUUGUGCUCGAUGGCAUUGGGAACGUGCUGCUGGUUGUUGUGAUUGCGUUCAUUUUCAUUGUGUGGGUCGGUGGGUUCUUCAGGCAUGUGGGCAUUGCGACGCCGGCCCAGAACAACUUGUUGGUGUAUGCGCUGAUCUUCUUCAUCAUCGGUGUGCCCGUCGGUCUUCCUUGCGUGACUACUACGACGAUGGCCGUCGGCGCAGCGUACUUGGCAAAGCAGAAGGCGAUCGUGCAGAAGCUGACGGCGAUCGAGUCCCUUGCUGGCGUCGACAUGCUCUGCUCGGACAAGACUGGCACGCUGACCGCGAACAAGCUCUCCCUGAACGAGCCGUACAUCGCGCCGAACGUCGAUCCGGACUGGUUCAUGGCCGUCGCGGCCCUGGCGUCGUCGCACAACGUCAAGUCGCUCGACCCGAUCGACAAGGUGACCGUCGUCGGGCUGAAGGACUACCCGGGCGCACAGGAGAUCCUGCGGGGCGGGUGGAAGACAUCGAAGUUCACGCCGUUCGACCCCGUCUCGAAGCGGAUCACGGCGGAGGUGGAGCGCGAGGGCAAGAAGUACACCUGCGCGAAGGGCGCGCCGAACGCGAUUCUGCGCCUCAGCGAGUUUGAUCCGGACACGAUCAAGGCGUACCGGGCGAAGAGCCAGGAGUUCGCGCAGCGCGGGUUCCGCUCGCUGGGUGUGGCGGUGCGGGAGGGCGACCAGCCGUGGCAGCUGCUCGGCAUGCUCGCUUUGUUCGACCCGCCCCGGACGGACACGGCUGCGACGAUCCACGAGGCCAUCGACCUCGGCAUACACAUCAAGAUGCUCACGGGCGACGCGAUCGCGAUCGCUAUCGAGACGUGCAAGCAGCUUGGGCUCGGCACGAAUGUGUACGACUCGCAGAGGCUGAUUGGCGGAGGCAUGGCUGGCUCGGAGGUGCGCGACUUCAUUGAGGCGGCGGAUGGGUUUGCGGAGGUGUUCCCGGAGCAUAAGUACCAGGUGGUGGCGAUGCUUCAGGAGCGUGGGCAUCUUACGGCGAUGACGGGUGACGGUGUCAACGAUGCUCCCUCGUUGAAGAAAGCGGACUGUGGUAUUGCUGUUGAGGGCGCGUCCGAUGCAGCGCGGACGGCAGCGGAUGUCGUGUUCCUGGACGAGGGUCUCAGCACGAUCAUUACCUCGAUCAAGGUCGCUCGCCAGAUCUUCCACCGGAUGAAAGCCUACAUCGUCUACCGUAUCGCGCUUUGUAUCCACCUUGAGCUCUAUUUGUGCCUUUCAAUGCUCAUCCUCAACGAGACCAUUCGGGUGGACCUCAUCGUCUUCUUGGCCAUCUUCGCUGAUGUCGCGACUAUCGCCAUUGCCUACGAUAACGCCCCGUACGAACGCAAACCUGUAGACUGGCAGCUCCCGAAGGUCUGGAUCAUGUCAACCCUCAUGGGCGUGUUGCUCGCCGGCGGCACUUGGAUCAUUCGUGGCACGCUCUUCCUCUCCGACGGCGGUAUCAUUCAGAAUUUCGGAAGCGUCCAGGAGAUCCUGUUCCUCGAAGUCGCGCUGACGGAGUCUUGGGUCAUCCUGAUCACGCGUAUGUCGACGGGUCCGGACUCGGGACCGUUCGCCUGGCCGUCGUGGCAGUUGCUCGGCGCGAUCCUCGGUGUGGAUGUCCUCGCCACGAUCUUCGCGCUUUUUGGAUGGAUCUCGGGGCCGGGCGAACAUGCUGGAUGGAUUGACAUCGUCACCGUCGUCAAGAUCUGGGCGUAUUCCUUUGGUGUCACCGUUGCCGUCGGCUUCCUCUACUUCAUUCUGAGCAGGAUGCGCUGGCUCGACAACAUCGGGCGGCGCAACCGGAGCAAGAAGGACGUCAAGCUCGAGAACUUCAUCACGGAGAUGCAGCGGCUCACGUUUGUGCACGAGAAGGACGCGCAAGGCGAGUCGUACUACCGCCUGUCGUCCGGGCCAUCGGGCCAGGAAGAGAAGAAGGCCUCCGAGAAGCCGCAAGCGGCCAAGGCGGGGAGCACGCGCAAUGCCGCGGAGGAGGCACAGAAGUCGGAGAAGGGCGAGAAGGACGACGCACAGGAGAAGGGCAACCAAGUUGAGCCGACGGAGGCGAAAGAGGGUGGGGACAGUGCGGACAACGCCCAGGGCAAUGAGGAGAAUCACGAAACCCGCGAUGCGAGUGGUGACGGCCAAGCGUCCAGCUAGGCGUAGACGUACGUGCAGGGUUAACCACGCACGGUUGGUUAUGCUAGAAACGCGGACUGCUAAUUGACUUGGACACAUGACAUAUGUACAUAUAGCUUGUAUUCUUGCACCAUUUAUCCCGUCCUACCACGGAUCUCUUGUACUAGGCUUUGACGAGUAAUUGCCAUAAAAUAGCAUGCAACGUAGUGUAAUUGAACCGACCAUGCACCUCCAGGCCUUCAGCUUCAGGAGGGAUAGUGAUCUACAUGAAUAUCGUGAAUA